CAGAGAGUCUGGGCUGCGUUGGAGGCCCAGACCCGAGAAGGCGGAAAUGCCUGAGGUCAACUCAGGGCGGCAGAAACAGCCCGUGGGCAGGAAGGGAGUGGAUCAGAAAGUUCUAGCGGAAUGCAGGAGUGAGUAAGGAGGCCGAGCUGACCGGGACGUGUGCGAGGUGCGGCAAAGGUGCAGAGGUCAGAGGGCCCGAGGAUGCAGCCAGAGCCGACGAAGGGGACCGCGCGCAGGGUCCCGCGGGAGCGAGCGGGCAAGGGCGCGCAGGGCGCAGGGGCCCGCGUGGGGUGUGCCAAGGCGGAGCCCCCGACGCCGGGCUGGGCCCUCACGCUGGAGGGGCUGGCGGCCAUGCGGCCCGCGCAGCGCCACAGCCACCUGCUCUUCGGCGACCUGCUGGAGGACGUGGGCGCGGCCGCCUCCGUCUUCCCGAGCGAGUCAGCGGAGCUGGGGUACCGCAUGCCUGACCCGCGCGCGUGGACGCUGCCGCUCGAGCCGCCCGCGCAGCGCCAGGACCGGGUCCUCGGCGUCCUCAAGGCCGCCGAGGCCCGCGGCCGAGUCCGCGCUCUCCGACUGCGCUACGCCCGCCUGCGGGCGGAGGAAGUCUCGCUCCUCAUCCUGCGGCAGAAGUCCGCGCGCGCCGCCCUCCGGCUGGAGCUGUUCCUGCCGCCGCAGCUGAAGCCCACGCGGAUCCCAGACCCCCUGGACCGUCAAGAGCGGAGGCGCGUGGAAACCAUUCUGGAGGAGAAAGUCGACGGCAGCAUCUUCCCGCGCUGAUGGCGACCCCACAGUGCACGACUGCGCCCCACCCUCCUACAUAAAGUUCUCACUUUCCAAGCG